GGCGUUCCACAGCGCUGCAUGUACAGCAGAACGACCUUUUGGGUGCACCAGCGGCGGCAUCGGCUGCAGCCAGGCAGGCGCGCAGACGUGACAAUGCAGCGUGCAGGCUUCAGCGGAGGCAACUGAUGGCAGCAGCUAGGCAAGCUCGCCAGCGUAAGCGUUCUCGACCUGUGGGUGGCUUGUCUCACGAUGACUACCUCGAGUCCCUUUCAGGCUGCCUCUGCUUGCCGCUUUUCCGUCACGACAAUCCAGCUGUACCUGAGCUGCCGACGUUCUUAGAGACACAAACGUCUGCAGGACUUGCCAGCAGGUGAACAGCCUCCCCAGAUACCGUUUUCGGAGCAGGCCUGUGGCCUCGCCGAGUUCGUUCGCGACAACAUGCCAUCACGGGUGUGUGCAGUCUGCAGCGAGUGCAAGUCCGCUUCAGAGGUCCGGGCGCUGCAGUUCAGCGAGAUAGCUGGCGUUGAUCAGCAACGUGCUGACAUGCGGCGGACUGCGGCUGUGCCUCGUUGCGCGCACGUUCUGUAUUGGCGACGUGUCAAUCGGCGUGACUGCAAAAACCCGCCGGAUCCCGUACUGCCACGCGGCUACAAGGCCGGUGGUGGUCAGUCGGGCAACGUCGGCGUAGUUGACACAUCCGCUGGCGAGGACAGCGGCGAGACCAGCAGCGGCCUUGACGACUCUACCGAUGAUCGGCCGUCACGCCGACAACGCUGCGACAUAGACCGUCCUCCGACGUAUGCGCCGCGGGUAGGGGUACGGCUGUGUGACGAUGAUCCCGUGGCGGUGGAGGUGCCGUACUGCAUGCGCGCGGAGACGGUACUGCCUAACCGAACGAUGAACGUUUCAGCGGACGGCGUGGAGCGCUUUACGGUCUGCUCGGAAUGCAUACAGGCCUUACAGGGUGGGCGGAUUCCAGAUGGGGCGCUGGCUCGGUUGGAUCCCGGCGACGUACCCCUGUAAAUCAGCAUGGUCAUUCGCUCGUACCGCUGACGCAUCUGGAGAGCUUGGUGGUGGGCCUCGCUCGCCCUCACAUGCGGCUGCUCGUUGUGCGGCAGCCGGGUACGCCCAGCUGGCGCGCGGUGGAUACCUUGCCAGCGGCGUUGCGUGGGCAUACGCUCGCCUUUCCAAACGACGUGCCCAGCGAGCUCCAGCGUGUUGUGCUGUACGCUCCAGAGGAUCUGCCGUCCUUCAUUCAGGUCGUGCUAAUUGAUGCUGUCAAAGAUCGUGCCGACCUUGAGGCCAAAGUGCGGCAGGCACCAUGCUUGGAGAUGCGGGGCCUGGCUAUCGCUGCAUGGGCGGAGUGGGCCGUUCACGUGAAUCCAAUGGCUCAGGUGGACCACGCUGCACUUCAGCAGUAUCGCGCUCUGGGUGCGAAGCCGACGGUGCCAGAGCCGUUAGUGGCGCACGCGGUGGCUACAGAUGACCCAGACACGGCAGCGGUCAUGCGCGCUGCAUUUGAAGGGGAUUGUGCCGGCAACGCUCAGGUGCGGCAGCAGCAGGAUGAUGUGGAAGCGGCGACGGAGGGCGCGAAUGCAGCAGGCGAGGGGCCUACCUUUUCCAUCUGCAACGCAAUGGUCCGAACGUGCGCAUGAGCAGGGAAGCUUGUUUUGACUCAUCCUUGUUACCAGUUGUACGUCCGACGUCGCCUGGGACCGUACAUUUGUAGGUGGUCGAUCGCCUGGUCCGGAUGCUGGUCAGGAGCCAGCGCCGUCUGGUCGUACGCCAAAUAUCCCGGUGACAGGCGUCUUCGCUUGGCCGUCGCCCAAGACUGGAGACAAUUGAACCCGGUUGCACGCUUGGCAGAGAAUACCUGCCGGCCGAUUGUACGGAGAUUGACUCCUUAUAACAGCAACAUACCGCCCAUACAUUUGUCGUCUCCUCCCGUUCCACACCACAUACCCAACCUAACUUUCAGCUUACAUAACUCACUUCCCUUACC